AUGUCGACCAGGAGAGGCGUUGGCUUGGGCGCCUUCUCAAAUAGAAAUGCCACGGCCCAGUCCUACGCCGCUCACGGCUCAAACUUGAAAUCCGCCAAUGCUGCCUCGCUCCAGGCACAGCUGGAGGUUUUCCAGUCUCUCCUACAUAACUUCGCACUCGAACAUGCGGCGACCAUCAAAUCCAACCCGACGUUCCGCGCCGAGUUCGCGCGCAUGUGCAAUGCUAUCGGUGUUGACCCGUUGGCGGGCUCUAACAUCAAAGGUAAAAAAGCGGAUUCGCUCUGGGCGAAAGUCUUGGGCCACGAUGUUAACGACUUUUAUUUUUCGGUCGCGGUGAGGGUGGUCGAGUUGUGUCAAGCGACGAGGGCGGAAAAUGGUGGAUUAAUUGGAUUGAAGGAAUGCUGUGAGAGCGUGGCCAGGGGAAGAGCCAUCGGUGGUGGUCUGCAAGUGUCAGAAGAUGACAUCGAGAGGGCUGUUAAAUCACUGGAACCCCUGGGGUCGGGAUUUGUCAUUCUCACAAUCGCGAACAAACGGUUCAUACGAUCGGUCCCAAAGGAGUUCAACACGGAUCAAUCCACCGUGCUGGAGGUUCUACAGCUCCUCGGCAGUGUGACAGUGUCCCUCCUACAGCUCAACCUAGGAUGGGAGCGGGCUCGUGCCGAGACUGUCAUCCAAGAUCUACUGGCUGAUUCUCUGGUGUGGGUGGACUAUCAGUGUCCAGAACCUGAAUAUUGGUCACCCCAGGGACUCCUAGACGAGAGUGACUAA